UUUUUGAUGCAGUUGAUUUGAAUUAGUACAAGGGGAGUCCAAGGGUACCAAAACCAGGGCCAGAGCACAUGAACCCUUGGCCACCUUGAUUCCCUUCUCAUGAACCUCUACAAGCUUUUGCCUUUGUUCUUUGCAAGAAGUUACCAUGCUUUAUCUCCUGCUUUUUCUUUUCGGCUCCUCAAAUCUCACUUUAUUCUCCCCCCGCAAACUCACCCUAAAAAAGAGGGUCAUCCCUCCUGAUUCCUCUUGCGCAAACAACACCAUCAUCAUCACCAUCUCCCCCCUCAUCUUAUCUUCCUCUAGGAGAGCUGGCAUUAAUUAGCAGUGGCCCUGGACAUGGCUUCACCAGCUGAGCUUAGCCUAGACUACAAGCCCAACAGUUACACCAUGAUCCAAAAGCAGAUAGGAGAGCAGCCUGACCAGACCCAGAAGAUACAAGACUUCCUCGCCCGCCUCGAAGAAGAACGGCAUAAGAUCGAUGCCUUCAAGCGCGAGCUGCCCCUCUGCAUGCAGCUUCUUAACAAUGCGAUCGAGUGUUACAAGCAGCAGCUGGAGACAUAUCAGACAAACCAGGGGCCGAGGCCGGUGCUCGAAGAAUUCAUACCUCUUAAACACAUGAACAUGGACGGGUCCGACAAGGACCCCAGCGCGCACUCUGAGAAGGCGAGCUGGAUGGUCUCAGCUCAGCUAUGGAGCCCGCCCGUCGACGCCGCCAAGCAACAGCCGGUGCCGCCGCCGAAGGAGACAGAGCAGGCCUUCGAUGUCAGCCCCAAGCUCUCACUGGAUACCAAGCAAAGGAAUGGUGGCGCCUUCCUCCCUUUCUCCAAAGAGAAGAGCAAAGCCGCCCGCUCUGCCUCGCGCGCUCUUUCGGAGCUCGCACUCGCUUCCCCGGAGAAGGUGGUGGUCGAGGACAAGAAGUGCGUGGAGUUGGAGAACGGAGGUGUCAUCACUAGAAGAGAAAAUGGCACCGGAGGAGGGGGAGCAGAACAUGGCAAGGGAGGUAGCAGCAGCGCAACCGAGGGCCAGGCGGCCGCGCCACCGACGCAUAGGAAGGCCAGGAGAUGCUGGUCACCGGACUUGCACCGUCGCUUUGUCAAUGCUCUUCAGAUACUGGGAGGCUCCCAAGUUGCCACGCCAAAGCAGAUAAGAGAGCUGAUGAAGGUGGAUGGAUUGACCAAUGAUGAGGUGAAAAGCCACCUGCAGAAGUAUCGUCUUCAUACGAGGAGGCCGGCCCCGGCGCCGCAGGCGGCAGCGGCAGCUGCGCCGCAGUUGGUGGUGCUGGGAGGCAUCUGGGUCCCGCCCGAGUACGCCACAUCUGCUGCCGCCGCUGCGGCAGCCGGCCCUGCCAUCUACGGUGCGCACGCGGCCCCCGCGCACUACUGCGCCGCCACGCCCGUGCCGCAGGAGUUUUACCCGCCGCCCCCACCGGUGGCGCAUCACCACCACCUGCACCCUCCCCUCCACCGCGGGGCCGCGGCCUACAAGGGGAGGUCCUCCGGCUCGCCGGAGUCGGAGGUGAGGAGCGGCGGGGAGCGGUCGGAGAGCAUCGAGGAAGAGGAAGAAGGGGAGGAGAGGGAAGAAGACGAAGAGGAGGAGGAGGAGGAAGAGGGAACUCCAUCGAUGGAGGAGAAGGCGCUGUUGCCGCUGCCGGUGAAGGCAGAGGACGGGAACGGCGGCGGCAACGUGGCCCUCAAGUUCUGACCGCUUCAGCCUGUCGGAGUACGUCCUACAUCAUGUGGUAGAUAGCUUGCGGAAAGUUGAAGCAGCGGUAGGGGGACGGAGAUGGAGAGUUGGUUGUCGUGUUGUGCCACGGAAAGAGUGCGAGAGUUGGAGCGUUUUGGAAAGGAUGAAUUUGUCGUCGUCUUAGUGGGAAAGCUUGGGAAGCCGACGAGAGCCGCCUGUGAACCAACUGCUUAAUUCUGCACUUGAUAUAGUAUUGAUAUAUGAACUGAGUAAGUAACUGUG